AUGAAAUCGCGGGAGAACGGAUUGGUAGGAGUGGGAACCGCAACCCCAUAUCGCGUACUCGCCGCGGACGCAAAAUCGCGAGUUUUGAGUUUUGGGACCAGGUUCACGACCGAUGAGCGCGCGGGCUUGGCGGAACCCCCGGAAUCAGGCGUUAAUCCCAGAUUAACCGACGGACAGGAACUGGGAUGCGCCCUCGAUGGGAUAGAGUUCACGGCCAGAGGUUUCGAUCUACGCUCAUCCCGAGACGAGAAGGAAGCGCAUGGGAUACACGGCACUGAAGCCGAUCGCGAUCGUGUCGAUAGACAGGGAACAAGAGCAAGGUAUCCCGUACCAGCGGCGGACACGGAGGGCGAUGCGAAAAGCGGGAUUUGGAUUGUAGCUGCGAUGCCUCCCACUCGCCCUGACCGUCAGAGAGCUCCUACUAGCUCCACCACGAACAAUGGCUCCAACGCGACUGGCUCGAAUGCCGGCGGGAAGGCUCAACCACCACGACCCCCGAAUGCAUGGAUUCUCUAUCGGUCGGACAAGCUCAAGGAGCUUGCGACACAACAGACGAGCGGACCACGCAAACCGCAGGCCGAGAUCUCGAAGAUCAUCUCGCAGAUGUGGCAGCAAGAAGGACCGGACACCAAGGGCAAGUACGAGACACGUGCAGAGGAGAAGAAGGCCGAACACGCAGCGCUCUAUCCCGACUACAAGUUUGCACCGAUGAAGAAGGAGGACAAGGCCAUGUUGCGCAAGGCACAGCGCCUCGAAAAGGAGGAGAUCAGACAGGCAGAGCGCAACCGCAAGAAACGCAAGGGCAAGGCACGUGCCGACGAUGACAACGACAACGACGAUGACGAUGAUGACCGUCCGUUCCAGCAGCUGCCCUAUCCGCUGCAGCGACCGGCCCAGUCCUGGUAUCCCCCAUCGACCUAUGGUCCACAGGCUCAGGCGCAGGCGCCGACACUCGAGUACCCCCAACACCCCCACCCCCAUCCACCCCACGACGACCACGCUGCCUUUGCCGCUGCGGGCUGGAGUGCUCCUGUCGAUCCCCAGGGCAGGGCCGAUGACGCCCCCUUCCGUGCCGACGCCUACCAGCAAGACAGCUAUCCCGAGGAGGAAGAGUGGGCUGGCGAAGAGGGCGAGUGGAGUGCCGAAGAGGCCUGGGCCGGUCGCUCUAGGCGCGGCGCUGUCUGGGACGAGGAGCAGAUUGCCGGUCCUAGUCAGCACCAGGACCAAGACCCCGUCCGCCAAUGGACUUCGAUCUCGACUACUCCCCCGCCCCAGCAGCCACGGUCGCUGACCAUCACUCUCCCCGCCGUCAUCAACCCCUCGGAACAGCCAUACACAUUCGACCUCGACUUUGACAUGCCCAUGGCCACCUUUUCCGGCGACCCAGACGCCAACGUUGCCAUCUCCCUCAAUGACAUGAACAUCAACGAGUCCUCCUCCUCGUCCCGCAACGUUGGCUUGAACGAUCUCUUGCGCGCUCCCUUGCCUGAUAUUGCCGUUUCUUUCCCUGACUUUGUUGGGAAUCCCGACGGACAUGCCAGCUUCGACGUCUUGAGCACCGAGAACGAAGAGUGGUGGUCCGCCCUCAUGAACGUUGCCAUCCCACAAGAUGACACCUCCUACGCCGACUCGGGCCCAUCCCAGCUUAUGCAGUCUCAGCCUGUCGCUGGCCCAUCUUACGAGCCUGUCGCUGGUCCCUCGUCCCACCAACAGCAGCGUCCCGCCCCUAUCCACACUCAAUCCUUGCCCACAUUCAACCAUGGUCUGCCUAGUCCCGACGGCGAUCAUCAUCAUCAAGGUCGGCGGUCACGCGCUGCAUCCAGUGCUGCCUAUCCCGGCCAAAUGCCGGGCGCUUUCCCCGAACCAUCCUACCAAGAUUCCUAUCAACCCCAACCCCAACAAUAUCAUCAACCCCCGCAGCAACAAGAAUACAACCCCUCGCCAUUUGCCCAGAUCGCUUCCUCGCGAUCCAAUUCUGGAUGGAGGCAACCCCAACAGCAGCAACCGCAACCAGCACAACAAAGGAGCCGGGCACCUUCAUUCCCCGCUCCUGCUCCUGCCUUUGCUCAGCAACAGUUUUCUUCGGCCGGUGCGCCGUUCCCUUCUCCCUCCGGAACCGCCCAGUUCCCUUCUCCAUCGGGUGCUGGAGCCUUCCCUUCUCCUUCGGGCGCAGGUGCUUUCCCCUCACCAUCCGGUGCCAUGCCCCACCGUCACUCCCACUCCCAUCCACACCCACAGCCGCACCCGCACUCCCAGUCCUUCCCGCACCAGCGCCAUAUCCCUGCCCCGCCGCCACCGACGAGGCCACCGCCUCCGUUCUCACCCCCCGACAAAGGAAAGGAAAAGGACCCUGAGGCGUUUGAUUUCUCCGGAUGGGGCAGCCAGUACGCCGCUCAACCUCCCACCCCGGCUGAGGAUGCGGUCAGGAGGGGUGUCGGAGUCUCGCAUUGA